AUGGCUUGGGCAUGCUCCGGAAAAACAAAUGUUGAACUCGUUAACAACAUGCUUAAUGCCGGUCUUUUCAAAUCGGAGCUUGUUGGUGAGGCUUUGAGGCGAGUUGAUCGUGUCAACUAUGUUCGUAACAAACACGAUGCAUACUACGACUCACCUCAGCUGCCAAUGCAUGUGUUUACAAAGGUCAAUCGGACACGCUGCGACAAUCUCUGCACCACAUAUGGCAAGGCUAUCUAUACAGUGGAAUCAUGGUAG